UGACGUUUUUCGUUGUUGUCAAGUUGCAAAACAGAAAAACGGUGUUUCGCAUAUUAAUUUUUCUUUGGAUUUUCUUGAAAUUUUACCUACAAAUUAUAGUUUUUAACAUUCACGCAACUCAUGUAAAUAGUGAAAUUUGUUGGGCAUCAUGAAACGCCAAAGGGUCAAAAAUGCAUCGCAUCGUGUUUACGUGGACCAAGAGUUCGAUUCUCUAGAUCCGGGAAUUGCAUUGGAAGAAGCUAAACCGAGCGCCCUCGAAAGAUGGAUGGAAGCGCAAGUAUUACCAGGAGAUACUUUGCAAGCUAUUGCCCUCAGAUUCAAUUGCACGAUAGCGGAACUGAAGAAAAUCAACAAAAUAGACAAAGACAAUGAAAUAUUUGCUCGAAGGAUAAUCAGAGUGCCAAUCACACCUCACUCAAUUUUAUUAGAAACACUGCCAAAAGUGCACACUAGUGGCAAUAGUAGUCCAAAGAAUGUUCCGAGUUUACUGCAAAGUACGACUUCUGUUUUAGAAACUCAGACGAAUUUGGAUGAAAAGUUGAUUGUGGCUGCAGUUAGUAGUGCUUCCUACAAAGAUAAUAAGGUAAAUCACGUUGUCCUCAAUACCAGGAAUGUUAAUGACCAUACAGCCAGCGACGAUCCCCUGGAGGGAUCAAGUAAAAGAUACGCUGAUAACGAUGCUAAGCAGCCUUUACUCAGUGGGGAGUAUGACGAAAAUUUGCCCCAACCUCGGCCGGUUCGAUUGCCUGCCAGCGAUUUUUCGUGCAAUGGGUCCGACUGUGAUAUUUCCUGGAUUUGUCUUCUGGUGUGCAUUUUGGCGCUUUGUUUCGCCAUUCCUUUGAUAUACGUGGUUUACGUGGCGGAACAUCCGGAAAAAUUCCAUCACAGCUACGACACAGAUCACAGAACGGUCGACCUAAAGAAGGGCAGUAUUCUCAACGGGAAUAAUAUUAGUUUUACCAUAUAGAGUUUAAUUUUCUGUUAUCCAAUUUAAGUUGUGCUCAAACAUCGGAAACAUCACCUUAGUAAUUUGUAUCGUGUUAUGAUGAAUCAUGAAGUUAGAUUUUAUUAAGUUUAAUUCGGCAUAUUUUUACGGAUAGUUCGUAAAUUUGGAAAACAAUCAGACAAGGUAACGCUCAAGAAGUAAUAACCAUUUUUUCUCUUCAACACAGCGCGCAGCUGAUAAAAAAUUCGUUUCAAGUGUGGAUACCAUUUCUAGAAAACAAAAAUCUUAAUUCCUUACACAAUUUCGCUUGAGGUAGAUCUUUUUAUAUAUUGAAUCUACCCAACUAUUAUUGCGUAAUGAUUCAUCGUGAUCAAUUAAAUACAAACAAUGCAUUCACACUGAUACAAACAUAUACAGUGACGGACACAACAAUAAGAUCACUUAAGAGUGAAAAGUGUAACUCGCGGACGUGUACACUGUAGGUCUCAGCGCAUUACAUUUUUUAUUU